AUGAAUCUCUUUUUCGAUGAAAAUAAUGAAAAUAAUUAUAUUUAUUGUAAUAUGAUAAAAUCAAUGAAUGAAAAAGGCAAAGAAAAAUUAAGAAAAUUAUUAAAAGUUAAUAGAAACGUAAUAUACGAUGAUAUUAUGAAUUUAAAUAUAUUUAUAAAAAACAUUUGGAUAUGUAUGAAUUUAAAAUGCCAGUUUUCUAUUCAUGAUUUAAUUUUAAUAUCAAGAUCUUUUAAAAAUACAGAAAUCAUAUACGACACUACUUUUAAUGAAAAUAUUGAUGAUUUCUUCCAUCCUGAAAAAAAAAAAAAUGAUUGUCUUAUAUACUUUCAACCUUGUAAAAUUAGAAAAAACGUAGUAAAAAUAUAUUUUCAAAAUCCUUAUGUUGUAUGUUUUAUUCAUAAAAAUGGAUCAGUUCAUAUACAUGGAUCAUUAACAUUAAGAAAUAUUUUAUUAAUUUUAAUAAAAGUAGUUAAAAAAAUUAAAUAUAAAACUUUUUGGUAUUAUCAAAAUCAAAAGAAAAAUACAAAAGAAAUAGAAUUUUAUUCAAAGCUCCAUAAAGGAAUAUAUCAUCCAAAAAAACAUGAAAAUCUCAAUUCAACAUCAAGUGAAAAUAUUGAUUUAAAUGAAGAUAAAAAUGAAAAACAAUUUAAUAGUAUGCUUGAUAAUGAUGAUAAUUUAAGUAAUAAAUGUAUUAACGAUGAAUUUUUGAUUAAAGAAAAUGUUUGUGAUGAAUUUUAUGCUGAUAUAAAUUCUAAUAAUAGUUUGAGUGAACAUUCUAUUAAUAUAAAUAGUGAGGAUAUAAUAACAGAAAAUAUUAUAAAUAAUGAUACAAAAAUAUAUGAUGACAGUUUAGAAAAUUUGAGUAACAGUAACUUAUAUACGAAUGAAGAUAAUAUUCAUGAUACAAUAAAUUCAUGUGAAAAUAUUAUUAAAGAAUUAAAAUGUAAUUUUUCAAAUUAUGAAUUUUAUCUAGAAGAUAAUUUUCUAAAAAAUUGUUCAGAAAAAAAAAUAAAACUAUCAAAAGAUAAAUAUAAUUCACUAAAAAAAUAUAAUAUUAAAAAAAAUAGAAAUAACAAUAAAAAUACUAAUAGUUCAAUGAUAAAGAAAAAUAGUAAUAAAUUAUUUAAUACAAGUUACAAGUUAAAUUAUUCUGAGAAUGGCCAAAUAAAUGAAAAUAAUGAAUUAUUAACUAAGAAUUCAAAUAAUAUUGAAGAAUUAUUUUCUUUAGAUAAAAUAAGUGAAAUACCCAAAUUAUAUUAUAGUGAUUGCGUUGUUAAUUCAGAUAAAAAUAAAAAAACAAAAAAAGACGAUAAUAAUAAUUUUAUACAUAUGGAAAAAGAUUCCUUCCAUAUAAAUUAUGAAAAGAAAAAUUGUGACAAAGACAAUAUUAUUUAUAUUCAGAAAAGUUCAAAAAUAAAUUAUACAAGUUUUAAUAAAGAUGAUAUAUUAACAAAAAACAAUAAAAUCAGUAGCAAUGAAGAAAGUAAUAAAUUUGAUGAGAAUUAUUUUCAUUCUAAGGAUAAUCAAAAGCUAUACAGUAAAAAAGAUAUAUAUAAAUUUGAUAAAUAUCAAAAAUGGAAUUAUAAGGUUAGAGAUGACAUUAUAUUUGAUAUGAAUUAUUUUAAUGUUAAGCAAUUUGUAUGUGUUUUUAAAAUUAAAUUAAAGUAUUUUGACAUAACAAAAAUUUAUAAAUAUGAUGAAUUUAAAAAUAUUUUAACUGAUAUUAAUAACAUUAUAUAUAUAAAAAUAGAUCAAAAUCUUUUAGAUAAAUUAUUUGAACAAACUAAUUUAGAAAAAAAUACAAAAAAUAAUUCAUUAAAAAAAUACAAAAAAAGUGAUAAAAGUUCAGUUAAAACAGUUCUACUGUUUAGCUCAGGUAAUGUUGUUAUAUAUGCUUGUAAAAACAAACUAGAAGUUUUAUGCAUAUCUAGAUUUAUCAUUAGCACAUUAAAAAGAAAUAAUAAUAUAAUUUUAUAA